AUGGAUAGCAACGUCCGAACUGUCAGAUCCUUCAAGAAGUUGAAGCCAAUCCCUGAAAUACCCGAAGCUCCAGCGUUUAUCACACCCUUCCUGCCAUCUCCGUCGAAUUCUCUUCUUCCAACAUCUCAAAACGACCAACACGGGUCUUCGCAUACUACAUCUCUAAUUCCUGGCUCCCCAUUUCACAAUCCUGGCUCCCUUGGCGGAUCUUUGAGCCAACCUCAACUGAUCAAACCUCCCGAAAGCAACGCACAGAAGCUGUCAUCGAAGUUUGAGCGAAUGGAAACGUUUCUGAAGGACUCUGGAUUUGAUUCUGUUGGCAAGUUUUUGAAGAUAUUGUUCUACAAUCCCAGCCACCUCUCUGGGGAAUCUGACCCUCGAGGCACUUGUCACGUGAAGGCUGUUUCUCGUUUUCUCCAGGGAAGAAAUAAGGUCAAGAUGUCGGACAUCAUUUCCCUCAUCUACAAGCACAAACACAGCGCGCCUUCACCGGCUUCACCACUUUAUUCUGAGCGCCAUGCGUUGUUCUCGCCUUCUGUCUCUCCUGGGGAAAUCUUCCACGCUCGUCUGUCUUUGUUCUCAUGGGCAACAAAUCUUGUUGCCGAUCAUGUUCACCAUGAGAUAUAUGCGCUUACUGCCAAGGACGACAACACACAGCUUCGAGCUUCGACAAAUGGCCGUUGCAUGGAUCGUGUUAAUGUUGUAACCUGGGAGGCUCUCGGGAGAUUUAGUAUUUCUGCUCUCUGCGAGAAAUACAAGGCUCGGGCACCUGUUUCUUGGUACCUCACCGAGUCAAUGACUGCCUCCCGCAAGAAUGGUAUUGUCAUUUUAAAGAAGCGAUGCCCACAUCCGAUAGUUCAAGUCGGCGCUAUCAGCUCGUUCAUUUUAACACGAAACCACUAUGCAAAUGGAGAUCUCGCGAUGGUUUUGGGUAUUUGGCAUUUUGCAGCCAAAUCCCAUGUCGAUGUCAAGCGCGUUUACAGCCGAUUUGGAAAGAUCAUUAGCGAUACAACCGCACGCAAGGCUCUCGACUCUAUGACAGGUUCAAGCCUUGCUAUUCUACAGGCUUCCGUCAAGGCCGCAACUGAACGAGGAGAGACGGAGUGGUGCGUUGUCUUGGAUAACGUCCAAGAGUACUGUCCGGUAUAUGAAGGAGGUAUCGCUCGCCAAAGUAUACUCAAAGUUGGGACUGCAGCAACCGCAAUACGCCUCGAUGAUUGCAAACCUGGUUCUUUUGACUUACAGAGUCAUCUUGCAUGCGUCGCUCAGAAAAAACGGAAGACUAUGACCGUUGAAACUCUCAGGAACGACAUUGAUUGGACUCAUCCCAUUGCAAAGCAUCGCAUGCGCGAAGGACGAAAGACUGUUGUACAACCGUUAGGAACCAAUGCCGAAAGAGAGACUGAGACUCAAGGGAUGGCGCGAGCAAUCAUGGACUUUGAUGAACAGAUGGGUAUUGACUCAAGAGCGGCGGAUCGACUUCUCUCUUGGAAUGGUGGCGACGGUGCUUCGUAUGCGGCAGCCCUUUGCCUACAAAAAUAUUUGUGUUCUAUUCCAGAUAAUCACAAGUCAUUCCGAAAUCGCAUCUCUACGCCGGAAAUUUGGCAUUCAAAAGCCACAAUGGUCAACUCGAUUGCCGCAAAUCAUUAUGGGCCAGCAACCUCGCAAGAUCCUUCAUCUCUUUCUCGAUGCUCAGGUGCCGCUGGUUUCAAACGACCAACCAACCUUAAUAGCUGUGACUACUACCCCACUGUGAGAAGUAUGACUUUAAUCUGGGAGGCACAAGUUCUCGAUUGUUGGAGAGUAUUUCUCGAGGCGAAAUCAGAUCUUCUUUCGCAUUUUGCCAACCUAGAAGAAAAAAAGGAACUGCCUUCCCUUGAAACCAUAUUAAUCCAAGCAGAUAUUCUUGUGAGGCGUUAUGCAUCGCAAGAUGCAUAUGAACAGGCGCUCUCUCUUCUUGAAUCGAAGGAUGCACCAGAUCGUAUGAAAGUUCCCUUCCAUGCUCCCAUCUCAAAUAUCAGGUCGUUGGACAUUGCGAUGGAUAUUUCACAGGCUGCUCCACCAGCUCUUCCAACUGAGGAUGUUCCAAAGGUCCACCACGAGGCGGAUAAAUUUGACGGCGAUUGGGUUCUUGCUAACAGCAUUCUCUUUCUCCAGGAUUUCGGCUGGUGGACUGAGAUUUCUUAUGCUGUUCCAGAGGGGGAUAUUGGACGUGUAUUUGAGAUAUUGAAGGUGCAAUCUGGAUAUUUAGCUUUGCUGGAUCAUCUCAUCAAAACUACGUGCACUAUCUUCUGGAAGUGUACUGUCUUCUGCGAUACGAGGCCUCUCAAGAUCUUCGUGACGCAAUUUUGA